AUGGUUUACCUACCCGCAAGGCUGAUGGUAGCAGCGGCAACCAUGGUAGUCAACAGCAUUCUCGCUGCUACUACAACUGGUGUAGUUAAUGUGGAAAUUGUCGAAGAUCUGAACUUUACAGACCUAGCCGACGCCGUACAGGGGCACCCUUUCUUGGUUGUUGCGUUCUACUCUCCGGGAUGCGGGCACUGCCGGCGGCUCCUCCCGAGUUGGACGCAAGCGGCCCAGCUGAUAGAGGACCAGCGUUUACCCAUCCGACUCGCGAGGAUGGACGUUUCGAGCAGGGGAGGAAUGAACGCCUGGAAGGCAUUCGGGUUGAAGAGGCUGCCCACGGUAAAGGUGUUUGUAGGAAACAAUCCAGAUGAGCCUCUGCCAUACGCCGGCCACCUCGACGCUAACGGCAUUGCGGCGCAUCUGGCGAUGUUGGAAAGGGCCCGGCGCUUGAUAAAGGAGAUCCGGAAGGCGGCGCCAAUCCUGGCCUUGCGGGACCCCCCGACGAAGGUCAUACUCGUCGACUUCCAAAACGCCAGCGGUGGCGGCGGUGAUGAUGGCAGUCGCGGUACCGCAGUACUCCACGAAGACGGGAGUCGAAGAAGGCAGGGUAGCAGCCGUAGCGGCGAUCCAGCUCUUCCAGCCGGUACGGAGGACAUCUUGGCCAAGCGGCAGCUUGCGGCGGACAUCGGGGUCACCUUCGGAGAAGGGCCGGAGCUUAGGAUAUUUCUUGACGGGAGGCUUUGGGUCGAAGGAGGCGUGUUUCGGGGUUUGCCUACCACCGACGGGAUCUUGCAACACAUGGACUGGGUUGCGGACGAGGCCGGGCUUCUACCGCAACACGAAAGAGCGACGAUGAAGGCUACUCAAGGGGGUGGAAGAUCUACAUUUGAUGGCCACCAAAUCAUGGCAACACCCGUAGCCACGGCCGACAGCUUGGUAAAUGUCUCGUCAGAAGCCUGCCCCGCAUCCUCGCGUUGUACUAACCACGCUGGGGGCGUCACAUGCCAGGACGAGGACUGA